CAUCGGUCUAUCUAGUCUAUGGCUGUUGUCGGUCGAAAUUGUUGUGAGUCAGGCCGCCCGUUCGUCGGCUUUAACGAUUUCACAGAGAUUUUGCAUUUUACAGUGUUCAAUUCGUUAAUGCGAAGAAUGUAAAAUGGCUAUAAACUUAAAUAAACACAAGGACGCGUUAGUCGCCGCGUGGAAGGACGUAUUAGACGAGAAAACUGAUACUGACUGGGCUCUAUUUGGCUAUGACGGCUUAUCCAGUGACCUAAAGUUUGUAAGCAAAGGAGACGGAGGCCUAAUAGAGCUGAUUGAUGAAUUCAACAGUGGAAAAAUACAAUACGCAUUUCUAAAGUUAGACGUCCCAGACAGCAGCAUAUCUAAAUAUGUGCUUAUCAACUGGCAGGGUGAAGGCGCCCCAACGGUCCGCAAAGGCACCUGCGCGAACCAUAUCAAACACGUUUCUUCCUUAUUCACGGGCUUUCACCUAACCAUGCACGCUCGCACCGAAGACGACCUUGAGGAGAGGGUGAUUCUGGAGAAGUUGGCGAAGGCCGGCUCGGCCUUCAACUUCAAGUCUGGGAGGAGUGAGGAACUGCCGCCUAGCGGCCCUGUGGGAACGGCGUAUCAGAAAGUUAACCCAGUUCAAGAAAUCAACUCGUCAGAGCGCGACCAGUUCUGGUUAAAAGAAGAACAGGAAGAGAAGAAGAGAGUAGAAGCAGAAAGGAAAAGGAGAGAGGAGGAAAAGAGGAUGGCAGAAGAAGAUGCAAGGAGAAAAGAAGAAUUAGCCACCCAGAGGAGAGCUAAGGUUGAAGAACAGAAAGUGGCGAGUCCCGACCCAACGAGUCCUACCGGCGUGUCAAGCAGCGAGGCACUCAGGAGGCAGAGGUCGCAGGAGGCGAGGCAACUUAUCGGCUCCUCUACGGCCUGUGCCCGGGCCCUGUUCCAACAGAACUUGGCUCAGGGACAACUUACACCUAAAUCGAACAGUAUACCAGAGAAGCCCGUCCGUAGUUCCGUCAUCGCGCAACGCAUCAACACAUUCACACAACCGCAGCCCACCUCCCUCCCCCCCCUCUCCCCUUCCAACCGCUCCCCCCACAAACUCCCCCCCGCCGAGCCCCAGGAACCCAAAACGAGCCCCCUCAAAAACAUAGACAAAAUCAAAAUGAGCCUAGAAACCCCCUCGCAAAUACAAUACGAACCUAUAAUAGACCCCACAGUCGAUUUAAGUCCCAGUACCGAAAACGACCCGACUUCCUUCAGUGCCAUAAACUAUGCAGAACUUAAAGAUAAUGAAUACAGACCUAUAGCCGAUUCGCUACAGAGUGAACCUAUGAUUAAACAAAACAUCUUAGAAAAUGACAUGUUCGAUGCAUCGUAUUCGAGCUCGAAUGAAAAUGAUGAUGAUGAUAGCGACAAUAAGUUUAGUACCAUCAAGAGAUCGCCGUAUAGCAAGAAUAAUAUAGCAGAGGAAAAUGGGAAAGCGGAGCUGAGCAGACAGAAUACUGUUAUAGAAAACGUUAAUUAUAAGAAGGAGGCUAAUGGGACUAAUACUAGUGAUGAUGUGUCACCAGAAGGCCUAGAAGAGGAAGGCACGAUAUACGAGGACUUGGACGACGAUCCCGGUCUUACUGCGAGGGCUCUAUAUGACUACCAAGCAGCGGACGAGUCGGAAAUAACGUUCGACCCGGGCGACAUCAUCACGCACAUCGAGCAGAUAGACGCGGGCUGGUGGCAGGGCGUCGGGCCGCAAGGACUAUUCGGUCUGUUCCCCGCCAACUACGUGCAGCUGCUGCCCGCGCACCCGCGAUAG